UUCAUACUUAGGAUAGUUAGGUUGGCUAGUGAUGCGGUCUUUGAAAUAUGUUUGUUCAACAUAUCUAAGGAAGUGUUUGGUUUAGUUGCUAGUAGGUUUAGAGCUUUGUUUAUAUUUGUUAGAGCAGAGUACAAUUUGUUGAUUUUAAUGAAAUUGAGUGAAAGGUUUUAG